AUGAGGAAGAAAGUAAGUGGUAGUGGUGAAGAAGGAAACAAUGAGUACAAGAAAGGUUUGUGGACAGUAGAGGAAGACAAGAUCCUCAUGGAUUAUGUCAAAGCUCAUGGAAAAGGCCACUGGAAUCGUAUUGCCAAAAAGACUGGUUUAAAGAGAUGCGGAAAGAGUUGCAGAUUGAGGUGGAUGAACUAUCUCAGCCCAAAUGUGAAAAGAGGCAAUUUCACCGAGCAAGAAGAAGAUUUAAUCAUUAGACUCCACAAGUUGCUUGGUAAUAGGUGGUCUUUGAUUGCUAAAAGAGUGCCGGGUCGGACAGAUAAUCAAGUGAAGAAUUAUUGGAACACACAUCUUAGUAAGAAACUUGGAAUCAAAGAUACAAAAACCAAGCAGAUGAAUGGUGAUAUUGUUUAUCAGAUCAACCUCACAAAUCCCACUGAAACAUCAGAAGAAACAAAAAUCUUGAAUAUCAACGAUAACAAUGAUAUUCCCAGAGAUGAAAUCCAAGAAGAUCGUCAAGGAAGUAACUAUUUGAGUUCACUUUGGGUUCAUGAGGAUGAGUUUGAGCUUAGUACACUCACCAACAUGAUGGAUUUUAUAGAUGGACACUGUUUUUGA